AUGGAAUCUUUUUACAAUGAGACAACAACUCAAGAUCCAACAAAAGAACCAUCAUCAUUAUCAAGUUCAACAUCCACAACAAACACGAUCACAACGGUCACAUCUUCGACUAUAGCUACCUCAUCGACUACAGCUACAUCAUCGACUACAGCUAUACCACCAUCAUCUGCGGACUAUAUCGAAGCAGCAUUAAAUCCAAAAUCAUGUGGAUAUAAAAGUCCAAUUUGCAACAAUGAUCAAUCGUGUUACAUCAUACCACCAAGAACACUGUCAUGUCGGAAUAGUGAUAGUGGUGGUGAUAGUUCAAAAUGGAAAUUAAAUGUCACGACAUUUCCACCGAUCGAGUACGCAGGACCAUUAUUUGCUGAUUCAGCGGGAAAGCAAUGUGAAAAUCUGCCGCGUAUUGAGGGUGAAGCCGGGGAAUUUGUGAAAUGGUUUGCUUAUGCGCAUUGGAAUGCCGAUAUAACAUCAUCACCACCAUCAGCAGCACUAAUACCGCCCCAAAACAGCUAUUAUAACUUAUUGAUAAAUAUCGGGUCUUGUCUGGACGAUUUUGAAAAGACGCGACUAUAUUGUGACGCAUCCAUGCAAAGAUGUCGCGACAAGUUAGAUCCUGGUGAAAGAUGUAAAUCGUCGAAUCAAUGUAAAAGCGAAGAAUGUACGGGUCCUAAUCUUGCUUCCAAUUUUGAACUGUUGAAUACAUAUAACAAUACUGAUGAUGAUAAUUCCACGAUAUGUUUCAACCCGUCAUUGUCCCCAUCCGCUUUCUCAAUAUUAACCAGUAACGGACGAAAGCCGAAUGCUAGUUAUAAACAACUUGGUGGUAAUGGUGGAGGGGUCGGAAACGGCGGUGUCUCAAGUGGCGGACAAACUGCCGUGAUAACCGUCUGUGUAUUGAUCAUGAUAAUCUCGGUUAUAUUAAUCGCUUACGCGCGAAGAUUGUUCAAAAAACAGUUGGAUCCGAUAGUAUCGGAAAAUGAUCAUCAGAAUGACAAUGGGAAUAACGGAGAUAGCACAACACCCAUCUCAUCGGUGGGAUUACAAAUAAGAAGAGGCGCGUCAAUAUUACUGAAUCCUGGUUCAAUACGUCGAAGCAAUAGUAUAGCCACUUUGCCACCAUAUCAGACUGUCGAGGAUCAACCACCACCCGGCAUAAUGACGUCAAUCACAAAUUGGUUGAUGCCUCCAGGUGAACUUCCACCUCCAUACGAAGCAAUAAAUUCAUCACAUAAUAUUAACAGCGGUAAUGAUGAUCGAAGCACUAGUGGUGUUGUUGUUGACAAUGAUCAAAUAACACACGGGACUGAAGUGGCAGCACCAAGAGUAGAAGAGAUCCGAGAUGGAGUUACUUUCAUCGAACGAUCAACGUCCCCGGCGCUUUCUGUCACUGUUUCUCGAAUGUCGACAGUCUCGGGGGUCUCGGCGAUUAUUCCACAACCUCCUUCGUUGGAGGAUCAUACGAUGCUAGAUAUAAUUGGUGGAGAGGAUAAACCUGAUGGUGACGGGGUUGGAGAUAGUGUUGAGGUUGGUGAUGAUAGUGUGUUGAUUGUACGGAGUAAACCAAGUAGUACAAGUUCAAGCGAGGACGAGUAUGAUGACACUGUUGGAUAUAAGAAAUUUGUACCUAAAUUGCAUCACUACAGAGGCCGUGUAGAUCAGUGGAAAGAUCGUCUGCCUCCGGAGCAGAAGGUCGCAGGUUCAAUCCCUGCCUCGGUCGCUAACGUUGCCGCUUUAUUAUUGAGCGAAGAACCAUAG